CUUCAACCUGCUCCGUUUUCACAUAUACGUACCUGUGCGCCAACAUAUCUUGCGUUUACUGGUCUAUUUAGCAUGGGCGGCGAAGUACGUGCCAUCUUUUCGCUGUUCAAUGUCGGCCAGUUAAAUGGUUUUGCGCAUAUCCCACACCCAUCACGGAGCUUUGAGCCACAAAACACACUCUCGGCUUCGUGGUGUGACGCUCAGUAGCAUUAAAAACCUACCCGAUGCCCUCAUAUAACGGACGACGAUGUGCUAAACGAUUAGAUAUGUCACCUUCACAUCGGCCAGGCUGGCACGCAGAUGGGUAAUGCGGCCUGGGAACUUUACCUCCUCGAGCACGGCCUAACGGCCGAUGGCCAUGUCAAUCCCGAUAUCGCUACGGACAUCCACCGGAACGAAUCCUUGGAGACAAUUUUCACCGAGCUUGGCAAUGGCAAAUUCGUCCCUCGCUCCAUCUUUGUCGACCUCGACCCUUCGCCUAUCGACGAGAUACGCACUGGUACCUACCGCCAUCUGUUCCACUCUGAGCAGCUAAUAAGCGGGAAGGAGGAUGCCGCCAACAACUAUGCUCGUGGUCACUACACCGUCGGCAAGACGCUUGUUCAAGGCGUCGUUGACCGCAUUCGUCGUGUGGCUGGUGUGUAUGAGAACCCUUCCCUGAGUCCUGGAUUGUAUAUUAAUUUCCUCGGAGAUAACUGCUCUUCACUUCAGGGUUUUAUGAUCUUCCACUCCUUUGGCGGCGGUACUGGCUCCGGUUUCGGCGCACUUUUGCUUGAGCAUCUCUCUUUAGAGUAUGGCAAGAUGUCGAAGCUGGAGUUUGCCGUCUACCCAUCUCCUCGCACGUCGACUGCCGUGGUGGAACCUUACAAUGCCGUCCUAUCCACGCAUAGUACCAUUGAGAACUCCGAGUGCACUUUCCUCAUGGACAACGAGGCUGUCUACGAUAUCUGUAAGCGCAAGCUUGACAUCCCCCGACCUGGUUAUAAUAACCUCAACCGUCUCAUCGCCCGGGUUGUUAGCUCUCUUACCACCAGCCUGCGUUUCAAUGGUGACCUUAACAUUGACUUGAAUGAGUUCCAGACUAAUCUUGUGCCGUUCCCGCGCAUUCACUACCCUCUAAUCUCGUAUGCUCCUGUCAUCUCUAGUAACUGCAGUGCCUACGAGAGCUUCAAGGUUAAGGAUCUCACCUUGCAGUGCUUUGAACCUAGGAACCAGAUGGUCGUCUGCGAUCCUCAAACCGGAAAGUAUAUGGCAGUGGCUCUUUUGUACCAGGGUGACAUGAUGCCUCACGACUGCGCCCGGGCUGUUACUGAUAUCAAGGCCAAGGCCUCUUUUAACCUGGUCGAGUGGUGUCCAACCGGUUUUAAACUUGGCAUUAACAACCAGAAGCCUAUAUUUGUUCCUAACAGCGAGCUUGCUUCCGUCGACCGUUCGGUUACCAUGCUCUCCAAUUCGACCGCCAUCGCCGAGGCCUGGAGUCGCCUUGGCCACAAAUUCGACCUCAUGUACUCUAAACGUGCUUUCAUUCAUUGGUACGUGGGUGAGGGUAUGGAAGAGGGCGAAUUCUCGGAAGCCCGCGAGAACCUGGCAGCUCUAGAGAAGGACUACGAGGAGAUCGCCGGCGAUACUGUGGGCUUGGAUGGCUAUGUGGAACACGAGUAUUGAGCAACAGUCCCUCUUCCUGGUUGAAUAACACCAUUAUUGGUCAUGCAAUCAGCUGCAGAAAGCAUGAAGUCGCCGGAGUCCAAGCCAAAAUACGAUCCUUCCUUACAAUUCUUUAUUAUCACGCGUUAACGUAAACAACACGGUCCUAAAAUACGUUUGUUAUGCCUAACGCUUUCCAGACCUAUUUUCGAUAUCCUUAUUAU